AUGACUCUUAAUGGUAUAAAAGAAUGCAUUCCCCUCCCCCCCAUUUCUCUCUCCAAAAACACACUCCCUCUUCAGCUCCUCCUCACUAUCCACUGUGCAGACCACUCCGUCAAGUCCCUCGACGAGUGGCAACUCAAGCGCUCCCUCACCGACUUCCUCAAAUCCUCCUUCUCCCUCACCGUUCCCGAAGACGACAUCGUCGUUCGCAAAUUCAAGGACCUCAAGAAGCGCAAGCGCGAUGAUCCUGUCGCUCAGGGCGCUCUCUUCAUCUGCGACCUAGGGUUUCUAUCCAAGUUUUCCAGAUCAGAAAUUCUUCAUGGUAUAGAUGGAGAAGACGAUGUUAAGGAACGUGAGAAGAAGUUUCUGGACUGGAGAAGAUCGGUUGUUGGUAAGACCGACGGGAUUGAGUUGAAUCUUGAAGGUGUUAAGUUUAGAUUGACUGUUUCAGUUCCGGAAUCGGAUGAUUUUGGAAUGAGGAAAAAGUGGGAAGAGCUUAAUGCGUUUGGUAAUCGAGGAUAUUCAAGAGGUAGAAGGCAGCAGCAGCCUGAUACAAUUGUGUUGGAAGGUGUUCCAUCUCGCUGGUUUGCUGAGCCAAGAGUUUCGUCUAAGCCUUCAAUGCUGGUCACUCACACGAUUUUUUCUGCAUUUGGGAAGAUAAGGUGUGUGUUAAUGUCAUGGUUUGUGCUAUUUUUCUGUUUCCCUGAUGCAUUGCAAUUCCAUAAUAUUGUUCUUGUUGAAUUUGUGAGGUGGUUGUGUUUUUUUGAGGCUUCUGACAUUGAGUUCUGUUUUUAUGCUUCAAUGCACACAUCAUAUUUGGGGUUAUUUGAUAAAAAAAAAAAUGAUAUUCACCAAAGAUGGACUUAUCUCUUGUAACUCUGAGACCACAAAGAAGACAGAGCCAAUGUUAACCGUGUCAUAAAGUCGAAUUCGAACCAAUUCUCUGCUACAUGGUUCAGGCGAGUUCACAGAUAGAGGGCCAUGAUCAACUCCCCUAGGAAUAGAAAGUGUAUUCUCCCAGUACCCUACAUAACGUCGUUGGCUUGGUAUUGAGACCUGUCCAAUACAUGCAGAUCAAUGAACUUCUAAACAAAAUACUCAUAACUACCAAAAGUCAAGACUGGCUAAUGAAUCUAAUACCAUCCUUUUUUAUGUUCAAUUUAUUAACGUAUAGAUAGUUCAAUAUUAAGUAGCCCUAACCAACCCAAGGUUUCUUGGUUUGAUUCUGCUAGUUGCCCACCCAAACCAAACCGACCCAUACACGUCCCUGUUCCUUAGUGAACCAAUUUGGAAACUGAAAAUGUGCAAACUGCUAAAUUGCAUUUCGUUGUCAUUUACUUCACAAAGUCCUACAUGAUAGCCUUUUAUACAUAAUAUGACUUACUCCUUCAUUAUUGGUGGUCCGUUUAUGUGCAUACACUUGAAGAGCCUCCUCUGCUGACAUGCCACUAUAAACAAGGUAAGCAAAUACCAUCAAGCCUGUCCGACCUUUGCCAGCUUGCAAAAUUUAAAAAAAUGAUACAAAUAUUAACACACACUGAAGACUUUAGUCACAUUGAAGACUUUAUGGAAGACUUUAGUCACAUUAAAAAAUGAUGCAAAAUUUUAGAUAGCAACAAAUAUUUGGGGUUAUUUGAUAAAGCUGAAAAUUCUUGUGCCGGUUAGUCACAUUGAAGACUUUAAGUUUGCUCAAAUCAUAUUUGAGCACAAUUUUAUUGGAUUAGAUUUAGUUUAGAAACUACCAACUACUUGGCUUGUUCUGGUGCCUUUCAAAGAACAUUGAUGAAAUGGUGCAUAGUGGUUGGUUUGAUGUUUUUGGUUUCCUUAGUGUUGGUAAAUGGAAGUUAUAAUAGUGGGAUUUUAGAAUUUUUUAAUUGCUGAAAUUUUGGGCUUUACCAGGGGUAUCAUGCUCUUUUCCCACUUGCAUGUGCCUAGAUUUCGAAUUUCCAUAAGAAUGCUGAUUGUUAGAAAAGUUAUCAAGAUAAUAUGGGUUUUGGUGCUCAAGGAUGAGCUUCAGAAUCUAUCAUGGGUUAGGAAUAUAAGAUGGGUUUUCUUGUCUAUUUAUAUGUAGGCACAUGCAAGAUAAUAUGGGUUGGUGCCAUUUAUAUCAUGGGUUGUCUAUUUAUAAUAUGGAUUGUCUAUUUAUAAUAUGGGUUAGUGCUAUUUAUAAUAUGGAUUGUCUAUUUAUAUCAUGGGUUGGUGCUCAAGGAUGAGCUUCAGAUAAUAUGGGUUUUCUUGUCUAUUUAUAUCUAUUAUGUGUUUAUUUUUGUCUGUAACACAGAAACAAGUCCAGAAACACAGAAACCGAUCACAAAAUUUUAUAUAAGAUUUUUUAAAAGUGGGUUCUCCCAACACUUAAAAAUCUUAUCCAUAUGUAUUUUGUAUUUGGUUUUUGUGUUGAUAACAGAACUGAAUAAAGAGAAAAAGAUGAGAGAGAAUUAGAAUGAACUAAGACUUACCAUAGUCUGUAGUUAGAUGGUGUAGGGACCAAAUGGUUGUGAAGUGGGUGAUGCCUUUGUACACAUAAAAGAGACCUAUUUAUACAUCUUUGUUUUUAUUCCAUAAUUUAUCUUUCUUUUUCUGUCUAUGGACAUUUUAUUCUAUAAUUUAUCUCUCUCUAUAGAGAUACAACUUUAUCUAUUUUUACCAUAUCCUUAAUUGUGUUUUUUUGCCUCCCAAUCCAUUCUAUAAUUUAUCUAGUUUUUAACUUGUAACUCUUGUCUAGAUUAUUUAGAGUGACGUGUAACAAGGCAUUGUGGUUUCACUAAUAGAUAGCU